UAUUCGCAUAUCUAAAUCCCAUAGAACGUCCCUGUCCGUACAAUUCUCAGAAUUGUUACCAGUCCGCAGGACCACUUGCUGCUACACUCCUUCGUGCAUGAUCGGCCCUUAAUUCGUCAAGAACGCCGUUUCACAUCGUCGUACGUGAGCGAACAAUGUCAAAACCAUAAUGAGUGUCGCCAAGACAGGACACGCCUGAAAGGUGUUCUAUUUAACAAUCGAAAAUCUGAAUCUGAAGAUACCAACCGUAGAAUCCAUAGAAUGCACGAGAACACGUUCGACAUCGACGAAGAUUUCUUCGACGCAUUAGCACUGUUGCAUUCGACAGAGCGAGACAGUGUGGAGAAGCUUCGUCGGAUGCUGGACGCCUGCAUUGAAAAGAAGCACGGCCUCGAAAAGACUUUGGCUGUGAGAAUGCCGAAGCGAUUUUUGCAAAACGUCGACGAAUCCGCUCCUCCGAUUUAUACCUCGAAGAGUCACGACCACGUAACGCAAGGAUAUAAUACGAUAAAAACCGAGAUCUGGGACGGUAAUCUUGAGAUCAUUUCUUUUCUUGAAGCUGACGAAGCGGAGAACAUUAGGAAUCACUGGAAGUCCGACGUAAAAGUAUUCGAGGUCGAUUACGAGGGCUGCUGCGAGGACGAAGAAGACAUUCCCAGGAUCUCGAUUCCCGACGAAGGAUCCGCCGACGGGACUCUGUGCAAGGUUUUCUUCAAUUAAACACGGCCACUUUACAAUUUAUAGCUUAAAUGCAAAAUCGCGAGAACGAUGUGACUGUGUGACUAAAAUUGUCUUCGAAAGUCGCCGUGUUGUUGACUUAAAUGAAUUGUGACAUCUGUG